AUGCACCCUAAUUUGCAGCUCUGCCCCAGUGUAUCACCAACGAGGAAUGUUCUGAGGAAACCACCUGCAUCGACCUCGUAUUGUAUCACCAAUGAGGAAUGUUCUGAGGAAACCACCUGCAUCGACCUCGUGUGUGAGGACCCCUCUCUGCCCCAGUGUAUCACCAACGAGGAAUGUUCUGAGGAAACCACCUGCAUCGACCUCGUAUCUCUGCCCCAGUGUAUCACCAACGAGGAAUGUUCUGAGGAAACCACCUGCAUCGACCUCGUAUGUGAGGACCCCUGUUUGACUCUGUGCACAGGCAACUCCACUUGCAAGGUUCACGAUCCUCUGCCCCAGUGUAUCACCAAUGAGGAAUGUUCUGAGGAAACCACCUGCAUCGACCUCGUGUGUGAGGACCCCUGUUUGACUCUGUGCACAGGCAACUCCACUUGCAAGGUUCACGAUCAUGUACCUUACUGCUCCUGCAAACCAGGCUACGCAGGCGACCCCUUCACAGGGUGCAGAGAGUCCAUUACAGCACCUCCCCAGUGCAUAACUAACAGUGACUGCCCAGAAGACAGGGUCUGUGUCGGGAAAAGGUGCAAGGAUCCAUGCCUCCUAGGAGUCUGUGACAAGAACUCCACCUGCCCACGUCUUCUACCACAUCCCCUAUUGCUCCUGUCACCCAGGCUUCUAUGGUGA